AUGGCCACCCGUGGUCUUACGAGACUGCAAGUCUCCUCCAGCUUUCCAACGCCUGGCUCUUGGGGUCGAUUUACUCAUGCGUGUGCUCGGCCCAGAGGGACGUUUGGGGAGUGCAUCAGUAGAUUUACGGGGCUUGUGAUUGCUGCCAGCAUCAUGCAGAGGAUGUGUGGGGCCUCGCCGUCAAGGAGAUCAGCAUCGGCGUUUGCCUCGUCAUUGCGAACAGAACUCCUUGUUGAUGCAGAUAUUCACAGCAUAGAAGACAUCAUGCAAGCGAUUAGUUGCUUGAAAGAGAAGGGUGGACGAGUUCACACACAGUUGUUUCUCCCACCUGAAAGGAGCAAGAACAAGAAAUGGAGUCAACUUGUGGAUGACCCUGACAUCACAUUUACACCAGUGCCGCGCUCGAGCAAUCCCUCAUCGGAGCCGAACGAUGAGGCCAUUUUGUCCACCAUGCUGAAAUUAUCCACCUGCCCAGAUGUCGAGUGCAUAGGAUUGUUGACAUCAGAUGUAGGUUAUAGGGACAAGAUUCUCCAACUCAAAAGUGCCAGGCAGGCCAGACUCAGCUUCGUAGUACUUGUCCCAGAAUAUAAAUACUUGGUGGCACAAAGGUAUCGAGAGUUGGGAUUAAAGGUAGUUGCAUUGAAGCCCAAGGAGCUGCGCCCCCGAGGCUCCCGGGUUCGAGCAAUCCUACAUGCUAGUGGAUCAGGUUCGGUGCAACUUGCAGAUCCUUUCUAUGAAGGAAACAAAUGCAACCUGGAGCUGUUACAGGAACUGCGGAGCUGGUUGGAGCGCUUGGGAUAUAUGCAACAGACAGACGAAUUGAACAUCACUGCAGCGUGUGCGAAGUUUUGGUUCACGAACCGUUUGGGUUCGUUGACAGUUUACCCGGACUAUCUUGGGAUAUUUGAAGUGUACAAACUCAUGAAGAAGUCUUCAAAGAUGCACUCCUGGAAGAGAUACAGUCGCCAAUUGGCGCUAUUUUUGCCCAGGUCUUCACUUACAACAUCUAAGCAUGGGUUAAAGACCUAUGGGAGUGCACGGGCUGGAUCCAUUUUCAAGGGUGGUGGUCCCUUCUUGUUGAAAGAAUCAAAGCACUUGACAACGCGGGCACUGAGAAGGCUGGGGUAUUUGGAUGACAAUUUUAAUACGGAUGAAUUUGAGGCCAUGUUCUGCUUUGCAAAUGCAAGAGACAACAAGUAUCACUUGAGGAAGAUGGAUUUGCUGCCUGACCAUGGAGACCGCAUAAACGACUUGCGGGCGAAACUGCACACCGCAUUCCUUUCCAAUAGAUACCCAGGUCAAUGGCAGAUUGCGCAGGAUUUGUGUUUGCAAGUGAAGCAGAUUUUGUUGAAGGAACAGCUUUUGAACACCUCCGAGCCUGGCUGCUCACGUCAUAAGAUGAUGAAUGCAAUGAACGCCUAUGUGAAGAGGUAUGAGCUGAUAAGCAUGCACUUGCUCGGAGCGCAUCUUCAGGCUGAGCCACCCAAAGAUGAAGCGCCACCAGCGCUGGUGGCAGAGGCGAUGACAGGGGACCCCGCGCGGGUGAAGUUCAGCGAUCCAGAACCUGCCGUGGUGCCGGUGCCGGCAGCGCCUGUGCUGGCAGCGCCGGUGCCGGCAGCGCCUGCAGUGUUUGCGCCCCCUGUGCCGCCCGCGAAACUGGUGCCUGCGUCGCCCGAAUCGCCUGCAGCGCCAGAACCAACUGCAUGGGCGAAGCUGCAAGAGACGGCAAGGUGUCGACUGGCGAGCACACGCGAAGCUGCGGGGCAGGUGCAGUUGAAGGCACAGGCCUUGGCACAAGACCCUCAUGUGCGUUCCAGCGCCUUGGGUGCCACGGCCGGUGCUGCGCUGGGCACCGCAGGUGGAGCGGCCACGGGGCUGACGACUGGGACUUUGCUGGGAGCUGCGGUAGGCGUCAUUCCUGCGGUGUUCACCUUUGGCCUAUCGAUUCCCUUCUGCGCUGCUGUUGGCGGAGGGGCAGGCCUCGCCGUGGGGGCGGCCAGCGGAGCCACCUGCGGCGCGGUGGCCGGCGGUGCCACAGGCUAUGGAGCCUAUCGGCACCGCCAUGAGAUCCGGCAAACGGCCCACAAGACCUUGGAACAGGUGACCACGAGUGCUGACUUCGUGAAAGCCAGGGCCAAUGGCGUCACCCACUUCUUGUCGGAACGGGCCUUGGUGGCGAAAGCCCGUUUGAUGGCAGGCCCGCGGACCACCUGGCAGCGGACCCGGUCGGGCGCAGAAUCGAAGAAGACGCCGAUGGACUUGGUGCUUGGGCUGACAGCGGCACGGGAGGAACCGAGGUUGGAGUGGAGGAACAUGGAGGAUCGGUCACAACUUCUCUUUCGGUGUGAAGCUCGCGGGGUCAAAGAAGCCGGUGCUGAAGUCGUGGUCGAAGAGGCAGAAAAGAGAAGACAAGUGAAACACCACCCAGCAGAAAGGAGGCAAAACAAAGGGAAGAUCGCAGUGGAAGAUCGCUUUAGCAGUGAAACAAAGGCCACAGAAUGCCUUGAUCGCGCCCCUCCAAAAAAAAUGCGGGCGGACGUGCGAGUGUCAAUGCGACGCCACCGGAGCGGCCGUGAUGUCACAGGUCAACCCUUGCCACCGGAGCUACGAGAUGACCGACGGGCAAGACGUGGCCCAACGGCCUUUGGGGCCUUCAAAACCAUGGCGCGGCGCUGGCUGCCUGAUCGGCACUUUUGCAGCGACCUCUUGAGCGCGUCUGCCUUGGGCUUCCUCGGCGACCUCGUGUGUCAGCUGGUCGUGGAAAAGCGCAAGCCACCCCAGGAGCUCUCUGACUUGCGAUGGGGGCACCAUGAGGGCCACUUCGAGCCGCAACGUUUGUGGGCCUUGACCGUCUUUGGUGGCGCCUACACUGGAGGUUUUCUCCACUUUCUCUACAAGUUUUACUCCCCAACCGUGCGCGCAAUUUCAGCAUAUCUUCCUUCAGCGCUCAGUUUGCCGCUGUCUCGCAGCGAAAGCAUGGCGCAUUGCUUUGCUUGCGCGUGGGUCAUGUUGUGGUGUGGUGCGCAUGCUUGGAAGGGCUCCUGCAUAUGA